AAACACGGCUCAUGGAAAAAUAAAAAUUACUUCGACCCGGACCGAUGGAACUCGGGAAACUCAAGACAAACGAAUCGAUGAGACAACGAGGCACACCUGGUCAAGACACGAGUGGCUGGAGGGAGCUGAUUGAGUGACACGAGGAACACAGGAAAACAUGACGUCAAGUUAACACGAAGGCGGAUCGUGACAAAGCAUCUCCGUUGAUGCUGCGUUCCAGGAAACCCUUCACCGUGUACCAAAUUGCAAAGGUCGAAGGGUGAUUGGCUCGUGGCAGCUGGCAAUCAACGCGGGCCCGCCUCUUCCUGUGUCAGUGCUCCUUGCCUUGAACUGCGAGUGUUCUGCCACUGCCGCUUACACGUUCCCCAGCGAUGGACAGCUGUAUAUCGGCGCUUUCUCUAGCGUCGUCUCGCUCGUUUACUCUGGAGGUGGACUUGUGAGCGGAUUAUAAAACUACGCCGAGAGCGUAUUUUAACAACGGGGGAAAGCCAAUUUUGUCGUAGUUUGGCAGAAGGAAGCGGAGCAACAUGCCUGUUUCAACUCUUCUGCCUUUCACGGCCACCCCGAAUAGGAAGUCUUCCAACCCGACUUCGUUCAGGUUGACGGAGAAAUUUAUCCUGCUUUUGGUGUUCAGCGCCUUCAUUACGUUCUGUUUCGGUGCAAUUUUCUUCCUGCCCGACUCGUCCAAGCUACUCAGCGGAGUUUUCUUCCAUUCCUCUGCCGUGGAGACGAACACCCGCACCGGACUGGACGGUGGCGGAGGUGAGUUAGGCUCGGCUGGAAGCGACGAGAAGGUCCUGGCCAAAAUUAAGAAGGACCACGAAAAAGCCUUGCUGGAGGCCAAGGAUACUCUACAAAAGCGUCCCGAUGAGAUCAAGCAGGACAUUUUGAACGAGAAGGAAAAAGUGGCCAAGGAGAGUUUGGGUCAAGGUGGAAAGGGUGGCAAUGAUUUACCUUACGUCGAGUACCAGAGACCCCCGGGGGCAACAGGACACGAACCCAUGGACCCCACGACAAGAGAGCGGCGGGCGAAAAUCAAAGAGAUGAUGAAACACGCGUGGGACAGCUACCGACGCUACGCCUGGGGUUCCAAUGAGCUCCGGCCCAUCUCCAAGCAAGGCCACUCCAGCAACCUGUUUGGAAGCAUCAAAGGCGCAACCAUCGUGGACGCUUUGGAUACGCUCUACAUCAUGGAAAUGUUUGAAGACUUUGACGCCGCCACCGAGUGGGUGGAGAAGAACCUGGACUUCAACGUGAAUGCCGAAAUAUCUGUCUUCGAGGUGAACAUCCGUUUCGUGGGAGGCCUUCUGUCGGCGUACUAUCUGUCCGGCAAAGAGGUUUUCCGCAGAAAAGCGGUGGAGCUGGGUGAAAAACUGCUCCCGGCCUUUAAAACGCCCACCGGAAUCCCCUGGGCUUUGCUCAACCUCAAGAGCGGAAUCGGUCGCAACUGGCCGUGGGCGUCGGGCGGCAGCAGCAUCCUGGCCGAGUACGGAACGCUGCAUCUGGAGUUCAUGCACCUCAGCAAACUGUCGGGAAACCCGGAAUUUGCCCAAAAGGUGAUGAACAUCCGCAAAGUUCUCAAUCGCUUGGAUAAACCUCAGGGACUGUAUCCCAAUUACCUGAACCCAAACAGCGGCCAGUGGGGUCAACAUCAUGUGUCUGUGGGCGGACUGGGCGACAGCUUUUACGAGUACCUGCUCAAAGCCUGGCUCAUGUCUGACAAAACGGACGAUGAGGCCAAGAAGAUGUAUUAUGACGCCCUGCAGGCCAUCGAGAGCAGCCUAAUGAGGAAGUCGAGCGGAGGCUUGACGUACAUCGCCGAGUGGAAGGGGGGCCUUCUGGAACAUAAGAUGGGUCACCUGACUUGUUUCGCCGGCGGCAUGGUGGCGCUCGGUGCCGACGGGGCGCCCGACGACAAGACAGGCCACCAGAUGGAGCAAGCGGCCGAGAUCGCCAGAACCUGUCACGAGUCCUACUCCAGAACCGCUUUGAAGCUGGGCCCAGAGGCGUUCCGUUUCGAUGGCGGCGUGGAGGCCAUCGCCACGCGCCAAAAUGAGAAGUACUUCAUCCUGCGGCCCGAAGUCAUCGAGACCUACAUGUACAUGUGGAGGUUCACCCACGACCCAAAGUACAGGGAGUGGGGCUGGGAAGCCGUCAUGGCUUUGGAGCAGCACUGUAAGGUCGAGGGAGGCUACAGCGGCAUCCGAGACGUCUACGGGUCCACGCCGAACCACGACGACGUGCAGCAGAGCUUCUUCCUGGCUGAGACGCUCAAGUAUCUGUAUUUGCUAUUCUCCGACGACGGCCAAGUCUCUUUGGAGCACUGGGUGUUCAACACGGAGGCUCACCCCUUGCCCGUCAUUAGGAAGGAGCCACCAGAGCAGACCAACGAGGUGGAGUAGCAACGACUUUGGGGAACCUUGUACAACCCCUCUAAGGUUUGAAUUUCUGCCGUCUGGAAGAUGACUUUUUUUGACACUUCAUUUAACUGGAUCGGAGCAGACUCUCGUCUUUUGCGUCUUCUCUUGGGUGUUUUUUUUUUUUUUUUUAAAUACUCAGAUGUGGUCCUGUUGUUUUUCCUGGCUUCCACGAUGACCUUUUACAUAGAGCGUUGAAAGGCCAGGAUUUUUUUCGGACACCGUUUUAAGUGUGACGAAGAUGGACGACAUCCCUGUGCCACGUCGUCAUUGACAGGAAAAGACUAAUUUGGCCUUCAAGAGACAGAGACAAGAUGUUUCCACUCGCUACUCAGUGGCAUCACUUUCUGUGAUCGUGUUUACAAGACGCAGUCGUCAUCGUUUCAGCUUUUGUGUGUUUGAAAGCUUUGACUUCAUCAGUUUCGAUCCAACAGUGUAGCAUUGGAAGGCACUUCAAAAGCUGAAAGAAAAACUUUGGAGGGUGGGUGGGGCGGGGGGUCUUUUUGUCCUCACACGAAAGCAUGUCGAUGAAAUAAUCGCACAUCAGAACAGCUCUCACCCAGACCUUUAAUUCGAGAUAUGACUUGAUGCUAACAAUGUAGCUUUGUGAGGCUAGUACUAGCACAGCAUGAGGUUUGCCUCCAAACAUUCUGCCUUUACAAGGGAUACAAAUGCCAUUUUCUUUUGGGAUUGUCAAGGGUUUGAUAAAACUCACAUUUAGUGAAAGAGAGGCCCUAAAAUGAGCUUCCACCACGAACAUGUUUGUAAAGGCAGAACUAUUUUACUGGGACCUUUUGAGCAGCUGUUCCUACUGUUAUGACCACACGUGGAGGUGACCGCUCGAGAAGACGUCGACUAGUCUUUGGACCUCUGUUGUUGUUUUUUAUCACGUUCCAUUGUUUUUUUGUUUUUUUUUAAGUGGGAAGCAAGCAGCUAACCGUCCAAAUUGUUGAUUUUGAUGUUUUUCUUCAGCUACAGCAUGAGAAAGGCUGUCGUCCCCCGUUCAAGUCAUCGUCGCGUCGUUCUAGUUGUCGGCGGCGACUCUGUGCUUUUUGAUGGAUGCUUGUUGGGUCGGGAACCCGUGUCCCCGUAACCCCUCGCUCAAAAGCCACUCUUCAUCUUGUGCCUUCGCUCCCAGGCUGCUCGCACAAACGAAACCAGGCGAGAAGAAUGAACAACGUAGCUUUAAGAUUGACAGGGGGCAGUGAGCUGGUGUUUAUCGCGUUGAAUACGGUAUGUUCCAGACCCACGAACAGUUCAAGGCUGCAACAUAGAGACCAUAUCAUUAAAAAAAAAAAAAAGUUAUUGUAUCUAAACUUUAAACACAAAGUUUAAACAACUACCAGUUCAUCUUACGCAAGUCAGCUAGCUUAAUGCUAACAUAUUCAGUGGUGCCUUGAGAUGCAAGUUGAAUUUUUUUCCAUGACCGUGCUUGUAUAUGAAAACGUCUUUCCCUAUUAAAUUGAAGGGAAAUGCACUUCAUCUAUUCCAGCAACCCACCCCCAAAAGAACUCCCAAAUUGUUUUUUAAAGAUGUUUUAUAAUGAUAAACAUUGCGCUCAAACGUAACAUUGAGUAUGAAACCACAGUAAAAACAUCUGCUCGCUACAUAACCUUCAAACACGGAAAGUGAGCACAAAACAUGGCUGUACCUAAUGUUUUGUCCAUGCUGUUUUUUCUUGUAGUUAUUUUUAUUUUUUAUUGAUGGGGGGGCAAAAACUGCAUUAGUGCCACUAGCUGAUAAUCGUCCUUUGCCACGGUGGAGAUCUUAAGCGCAUGUGUAUCUUUUUUUCUAUUUCUUCUAUCCCAAGACAAAGAAUUGUCUAAUUGACAACUCAUGUCUUGGAAACUUGUAAGUCAAGGCACUCGUAUCUCAGGGCAGCACUAAAUGGGAAACUUAGCAUAGCUAUUUUGGUAAUUAUAACCCUUCACACAACACACGGAGCAGUAACACAUGUAAGUGAAGCCCUGGAAAACUCAGAACACCCAAAUAAAAUGUAUUAAUGGCA